AUGGACCCCUCCAACCCGUCCUCGGCCCCACCGUCGCGGACUUCAACCCCAAACCCAGCCACCGCCUCGCGCUUCACCUCCCAAGCCGCCACCGCCGAAGACCUGCUCAAAGAACAAACUGUCGGCCUCGUACACCUCUCCGACUUCCGCAAGCGCCGCGCUGAGGCCCUCGACCGAAAAGACAGAGAGCGCGCAGAUGCAGCUCUAGCCCCGAAGUCGAAGCAGGGGACGCCGAGCGCGUCUGGCGCGAGCACGCCUCAGGACAGAGCAUCGACGCCGCGGCCCCUGAAAAAGAAGCGGAAGGAUCCUGCGAAGGGGAAACUGUCGUUUGGGUUCGAUGAUGAAGAGGACACGGGCGAGAGUGCCGUGCCCACGCCGCGGUCGGCUACGCCGAAUGAGCAGGGCGCUAGCGAUGGUGCGGAGGAGAAUGGGACUGUGGUCAAGAAGAAACUGGGUCCGAAUUCGGCGGUGAAGUUUGUGCCAAAGGCGAUGUCGAAGUCGGCGUUGUUGAGGGAGGCGCAGACGAGGGAGCAGUUGAGGAAGGAGUUCAUAUUGAUGCGGGAUGCGGUGAAGGCGACGGAGAUGCUGCUCCCGUUUGUGUUCUAUGAUGGGACGAAUAUACCCGGGGGCGUGUGUCGGGUGAAGAAAGGGGAUCCGAUAUGGCUCUUUCUGGACAAGGCGAGGAAGGUUGGCGCAGAGACGGGUGGUGGUGGUGGGGAUAAAAGUAGGAGGGAGUGGGCGAGAGUUGGUGUGGAUGACCUGAUGCUUGUGAGAGGGGAGAUCAUAAUUCCGCAUCACUACGAGUUCUACUACUUCAUGGCGAACAACACAAUCGGUUUCAACGGGCCCCUCUUCAACUACUCGGCACAGCCGACAGCUGCGACACCUUUAUCGGACGAUACGACGCCCAUAGACCCUGCUACUUUCGACCCUCUAGCGCGGCCAGAGAAGAAAAAGGAGAAGAAAUCUGCCAUUCCAGACUCCGAGCUGGAAGGCAACACUGAAGACCCUACUGUGACCAAGGUGGUGGAUCGACGCUGGUAUGAACGAAAUAAGCAUAUCUUCCCGGCGAGUGUGUGGGAGGACUACGAUCCAGGCAAGGAUUAUAGCAAGGGGCAUAGGAAAGACACAGAAGGCAAUUCGUUCUUCUUUUCAUGA